CUCACAACCUCCUCCGAUGGGUGGGUACCUGGCAGCGCCGGUCCACGGUGUCGCCGCCGCAAACUAGAAUCACAUGACAUGAGUUGGCCAGCUAACCACUUGCCAGAGACCCCUACAAGCUUGCACUGGGAAAAGCGUCAUAAUACCUACCAUCCGUAGGUGUACCUGGAUUCUACCGAUUUUACCCCCUACCGUGGAGUAUACCCACACACACACAAUACGUUUACACAUUCACCCGUUGGGCGGCUUAUACACCCGUCUCUACCUACUUACGAAACCGAUACGCCGGCGCUAUGGGGAACGGGCGCGAGUAUGGACUGAUAUCAAAGCGGUCGAAGCAGAUCCUGGGCCAGGACGUCCUCCCAAAGACAGCCGGGGGCAGUGCAUGCACGAUGCAAGGUAGUAGUACAUCGGCCGGAGUAGGCCAGGAUAAGCGACGGGGCCAGGUUCUGCAGGCGCAGCGAACGCAUCGGCAGCGUACGCAAAUGUAUAUCAAGAUUCUGGAGAAGGAGGUCCUCAGGCUGCGGGAAAGCGAGAGGGAGGCCAUCGAGCGGGCCCAGGCGCUGCAGAAGCAGGUAAAUGGUCUGCUCCACGCCCUGGCACAAAACAGCGCUUCUUCCCCCGCUGCUUCGGACGAGCGCUCCAAUUUUCAAGACGCGGCCUCCUACGGCCAUGUCACUUCCAAUAUAGAGGGCGAUCGGGGUGUCUAUGUUCAUGUCGAGUUUUCCGAAAGUCCUAGUACCGUUUCACCUGUGAACGACCGCGGCACUGCCGAAGGAGAACAUCGCCCGUGGAAGGCCAGUUUUAACCUACCAGAAGCGCCUCCGGCAUCCAGCAGCGUGCUAGAAAAGGCGCCCUCUACCGACGACUCGGAUUCUCUCCUGGCCGAUCCGAGAGUUGGAAUCCAAUUUGUUCUCGCCCUGGAGACGGAUUGCAUGGACCACCUCAGAGGUAAGCACCUCGACCAUGGCCACUCCGGUAUCAUCAACAGCGAAAGCGAAUUUUCUGGCCAUGUCUCUACUGCCUGCUUCUCCCUGUGGCAGCAGAAUACCUCUAACCUAUCGACGACUGCUACGUACGACAUAUCGAACAAUGAGCUCGACAGGUUACUGAGCAGUAGCCUAAAUCUCGGACUGGCACCGCCUGAGAUCACACCAGUCCAGAUUUGGAACCGCGUUCGGCGGCUUGGUCUUUCCGGCGGUAAGGACGCUCUGGAAAACCUAACAAGGGACUUGCGAGAACACGUCGUCUGUCUGGGAUUCGGCGCGGUGCUGGACGAAGGCGCUGUCGAGGAUAUUUUGAAAUGUUACUUUCCCUACCUUCCGCCUAAUACUUCCUCAAACCAUUCUUGAAGGCAUCCGUAAUUGGUAAUAUACGGCUUACACAUGAUGCCUCAACCUGCCUAAUGUUCUGAUACUCUUGAUACCUACGUACUUUCAUCCACCGUUGUUAAUGUUCAGAAGUAAGCGGCAGCAAGUGCCGCCGUUUUUAGCGGCCGAAACAGUGAGGUGAGGUGGAGGCUGCGAGACCUUUUGGCGGUAUAAGAUGGUUACUUGCUCCCCUACUACUUGAUUAGUCUUAAGAAGGGAUCGGCAGGUCGAGGAAGAAGAGGCUGAGACAAAGUCACAUGCUUGUACUUGAUAGACCGCUGAUAGCGCCGUCAUAUGCUGCUAUGAUGGGUCCGUAAAGUUGGUCUGGG